AUGGCAAGUGAGGGAGAGAGUUUUCUAGCCUUAGUGCAUUGCUGUGGCAAAAUUAAAAAAAGUAAAAGCGAUGGUGUGAAGUUCACUGAUAGAGAACCACUGAGUAUUUUCAUCAGUUCGUCAAGCUCCUUAUCAGAUUUGAAGAACAGCAUCUUGCAGAAGCUUGGCGUGUUUGGUAGCAAGUGGGUGAAGAAACUAUACUACAAGAUCCCCAUCGCAGUUGUCUCGACCGGUGUUAAGUAUGAUACCUUUGUGGAGUUUUCGGAGAUCAGAAUCCAUGAGUUGUUCGCGAAGUUGGAGGUCGGUGUUGAAAGUUCUGGGGCAUCCGCUCCAGUUCCUGGCUCGACUGCCGCCGGAGGUGCAUCUAGUUCGAUGCCUACGGUCAGACCGUAUCAUCCACCAGUAGCAUCCCCUUCAUUCGCGGCUGAUUUAGACCGAACAGAGGUUGUUGGUUCUGUAACUUUGGAGAAUGCAGCAGUCGUUGAGCCUCCUCACGAUGUCGGCACUGGAGGUGGCCUGUUAACUUAUAUGGAAGGCUUUGGUGGACCCGAUCGAGUAGAGAAUGCAAUGUGUGACGAUGACUCUGACCAGGAGCCUCUUGAUAUCGUAGGGGACAGCGACGAUGACACAGGUGCAAAUCCACAUACGCAGCAUAUGCCUUCAAGUUCUGCCUCUCAGCAGUACCCUCCACACUUCUCCACACUAAACUUGGAUGCUCUGGCUCAACAGGAGGACGGCGGUAACACAGUCGGGGGCUCUUCUACAAAAUUUCAGAUCGGGCAAUCAUUCCAGAACAAAGAUGAAGCUGUGCUGAGUGUGAAGGACUAUAGCAUCCGGCGAGGUGUUGAGUACAGAGUCAUCGAAUCAGAUCAUCUGAAGUAUCAUGGAAAAUGCAAGGAAUUCGGAAAGGGUUGUAGUUGGUUGAUUCGAGUAGCCCUGCGUGCACGCAAGGGCACUUGGGAGGUUAGGAGGGCAGACGCUGCGGUUACGGUAAAGGUAUUGCAACAAGUUACAGAAGCUGAUUACGGGUUCCGGCCUAGCUACAGGAAGGUUUGGAUGGCCAAGCAGAAGGCAGUGGCACAAAUAUAUGGCGAUUGGGAAGAGUCGUACGCGGACCUGCCACGUUGGAUGUUAGGGGUCCAGUCAACAAUGCCCGGAACAAUCACGGUGUUGAAGACCUCUCCCGUUCGGCUUCGUGGUGAGGUUGACGAGUCGACGGUGUACUUUCACCAACUUUUCUGGACAUUUUCACCGUGCAUUGAGGCAUUCCGGCAUUGCAAGCCCCUUGUCAGUAUUGAUGGUACCCACCUGUAUGGCAAGUAUGGAGGGAUGCUGCUGUUGGCGAUAGCGCAGGAUGGAAACUCGAACAUCCUACCGAUAGCAUUUGCCCUUGUGGAGGGAGAGAAUGCAGAGUCGUGGUCAUUCUUCUUGUCCAACCUACGAGAGCAUGUAACUCCUCAGGAGGGUAUCCUUGUUAUCUCCGACAGGCAUAAUGGGAUCAAGGCAGCGCUUGAGGCACCGGAGAAUGGGUGGCUCCCUCCCCGUGCUUUCCGAGCGUACUGUAUUCGGCAUGUGGCGGCCAAUUUUGCCCUUACGUUCAAAGGUAAGGACUUAAGGAAGAUGCUGGUGAAUGCUGCCUACGAAAGACUGAAGCAGAGUUAUACUGGUUUGACAUCAUGCGGACUGAGAAAUCCAGCAAUGUGUGACUGGGCCAACGGAUGGAGUACGACAAAUGGACCCAACAUGAGGAUAGUGGUCGACGGUGGACCCAACAUGAGGAUAGUGGUCGACGGUUCGGGCACAUGA